AUGGCAAACCAGCAGUUAGACUAUAAGUUUCUCCCGACUUCACGUGGUGGACGUUAUCUAGUUGUUGAAGGCUUUGUGUUUCGAUUGAAUCGAAGACGCAACGAUGCUUCAUGGGCAUCUUGGAGAUGCCAGGAGAAGACAUGUGCUGCGACUGUCUCUACUGUGAACGACAUCAUCACCAAGCAUCCCAGCCCACAUAACCAUGGACCUGUCCAUAAUGAGAUAAAGGUCAGAGAGACACUGGACAGGAUGAAGAUGGUGGCCAAGUCAUCUCUGGGUCCGAUACCGACGCUGUACAACGAGGUUCUGGCCUCAGUGAGCGAUGGUCCUUGGACGGAAGAGAACAGGUCGUUCAUCGCAGAAAUGCCGACGUACGACACCGUCAAGAACAGACUGUACCAGGCCCGAAGAUCCACCUUCCCACCCAUCCCAUCUUCCCGACGAGAAAUCGUGAUCCCAGACGAGUUCAAAACAACCAACGCUGGCGAGCCCUUUGUCAUCAUCAACGAUGGCGACGACGAUAAGAUCCUUGGCAUGACGACAACGGUGAACAUGCAACAUCUUUGUGCUGCCGAAGUUGUGUAUGGUGACGGAACCUUUUAUGUCUCACCAUCACUCUUCCUGCAGCUGUACACUCUCCAUGCUAUGGUUGGUGGUCAGAUGUUUCCGCUGGUCUUCUUCUUGCUGCCAGACAAGGCGACUGUUACUUACGACCGCGCCUUCCGUCUCCUGAAGGAAGCAGUGGAAGCAAGAGGACUUCAGAUGUCACCUCAACACAUCCAGAUGGACUUCGAAUCUGCAGCGAAGAAUGCCGUCUCCGUCAACUUCCCGACGACGCUGUGGAGGGGGUGUCUAUUCCACUACUUCUGUGGAAGAAGACACAAGGGGUUGGCCUUCAGGGUAGACGACGUGUGGCUGAACGCACUUGCAGACAUGCCUGACGACCCUCGCUGCCUCCGUCUCGCCGACUACGUGACCACCCAGUGGGUGGAAGGACAUAUACCCCAGACAGCGUGGAACCACUACCAGAACACCGGUCCAAGAACCAAUAACCACCUGGAAGGUUGGCAUGGUCGCCUUAAGAAAAUUAUUUCUAAGGCUCACCCCAAUGUCUUCGAGAUGUUGUCUUUCCUCAGGAAAGAGCAGAAACUGAACGAAAUCAAGCUUGUUCAGUACGCUGCUGGGAGGAAACCGCCACCAAAAAGGAGGAAGUACAUCCAUGUCAACUCAAGACUAGAGACUCUGAAGCAAGAACUCCGAGAUGGUGCCAUGAGUGUCAUGGUUUACGCUGAUGCCGUGUCGCAUCUAAUGAAGUUACAGUGA